CGAAUGAUGACAGAGGAAGUAAAAAAAGGGCGUGGUCAACCGUCUACACAUCUUCCAUUUUCUCUCCGUUUACGAGGCACCGGUGGAUGCAAUCCUCUGUUCAACUCUAAUUGGAUGUGAUAUACAAGUUCAAUAUGAACACUAAGAUUCUGUUACGAGAGGUGACGAUUUUACUGUUUCUUUACCUCAGAGGUUGUGCCACUGAAACACCUGCACCUGUUUCCACAUCCCCUGGACUCACAGAAAAUGUUUACACAACUGCCACAGAUAUGAUAAAAGACCCAGUCACCAUUGAGCAACAGUAUUACACCGCACCUGCGACGGACCAAAAUAUCUCCACCACCUCCACCUUGACCCCUACAGUGACCACAAAUGAGACGUCUACAGUAACCACCAAUGAAACGUCUACAGUCAGUACAAGAACACAAACGAAGACCUACACAUCCAGAACUUCCAACACCAAGUCUACUGUGUGGGACAAGAGAUGGGAUGAACCGUUUAAUUAUGACUACGCCUCUCUCCGGAAAGUAGGUUUAGGCAUUGCAGCGAUUCUCUUUGUGAUGGGCAUCUUGGUUCUUGGAUGUGGUAAAGUGAAACGGAUACCACAAUGUCGCAUUGGCAAAGGAAGUUCCUACGAAGUGACCAGAAGUUAGCGCUCGAUCACAGCUCAUCAUCAAUAAAACCAAACAGAUGAAAACAGAGCAGCCAGUUAGACCUGUUCUGACUGCAGUCAGGCCUACAUACUUCAAUUUCCCCCUUGUGACAAAACAAGGCCAAGAUGGAGAGAUCGUGUGCGUGAGUGUGUUCAUUAUUUCAAACCGAUCUCUGGGUAUAUCAGACAAAGGAGCUGGGGAAUAUACGCCAGCGGUAACGCUUCAACACAUCCCAGUGUAAUCACACAUCUCAGACAUAAAAUCCCUUCAUCCCCCCAGCACCAAACGGCUCUGUUUAAACGUCAAACUUUGUUCAACACAGACCUGUACUUGCUUUUUAUUAUUAAAAUUUUUGCAUCUUCA